AUGGAAGAAAAUGCUCACCAGAACCCAGAGGAGUCGAACCGAGCCAACCAGCACCGGGUCACCAACUUUUACAUCGACAACAUCCUCAGACCGGACUUCGGCUGCAACAACAAGGAGGGAUCACGGACCCGUCAGCGGGACCGCCUGGAACCGGUCCUCCGAACACAGAAGCUGACGGGGACGCGCGGGUCCACCGGUGACCCGCGGCGGGAGGCCGCGGGGGUCGGGGACACCGAGGACCCAGAGGCCGCCGGUGGUGCUCCGAAAGACCGCGAGGGGCUCUGCGACAGGCCGCAGGCCAGCGCGGGCCCAAGGGCCAAGGCCAUGCUGUGGCCCGCCUGGGUCUACUGCACCCGGUACUCGGACCGGCCGUCAUCAGGGCCCCGGUCCCGGAAAGUGAAGAAGGCGGCUCCGCUCCGCCGGGAGGACAAGCGACCCCGCACCGCCUUCAGCACCGACCAGCUCCUCCGGUUAAAGACCGAGUUCCAGAACAGCCGCUACCUGACCGAGCAGCGAAGGCAGAGCCUGGCCCGGGACCUGGGGCUCAACGAGUCUCAGAUCAAGAUCUGGUUCCAGAACAAACGGGCCAAAAUAAAAAAGGCGUCCGGAAACGCGAACACACUGGCUCUGCAGCUGAUGGCGCAGGGCCUGUACGACCACUCCACCGUCAGGGAGUCCAGGUCCGACCUCCGGGAGUCCAGGUCCGACAGCGACUAA